CCGCUAAUGUUUUGGCCGGUCCAAGAUGGCGGUGCAAGAGUCCGCGGCUCAGCUCUCCAUGACCCUGAAGGUGCAGGAGUAUCCGACCCUCAAGGUGCCCUACGAAACACUGAACAAGCGCUUCCGUGCCGCACAGAAGAACAUUGACCGGGAGACAAGCCACGUCACCAUGGUAGUGGCUGAGCUAGAGAAGACCCUGAGCAGCUGUCCAGCCGUGGACUCUGUGGUCAGCCUCCUGGAUGGUGUGGUGGAGAAGCUCAGUGUGCUCAAGAGGAAGGCGGUGGAGUCCAUGCAGGCGGAGGGUGAGAGCGCCAAGCUAUGCAAGCGCAGGAUCGAGCACCUCAAGGAGCACAGCAGCGACCAGCCGGCAGCGGCCAGCGUGUGGAAGAGGAAGCGCAUGGACCGCAUGAUGGUGGAGCACCUGCUGCGCUGUGGCUACUACAACACGGCCGUGAAGCUGGCGCGCCAGAGUGGCAUCGAGGACUUAGUGAACAUCGAGAUGUUCCUGACAGCCAAAGAGGUGGAGGAGUCCCUGGAGAGGCGAGAAACAGCCACCUGCCUGGCCUGGUGCCACGACAACAAGUCCCGGCUGCGCAAGAUGAAGAGCUGCCUGGAGUUCAGCCUCAGGAUCCAGGAGUUCAUUGAGCUCAUCCGGCAGAACAAGAGGCUGGAUGCUGUGAGACAUGCGAGAAAGCGCCAGGCCGAAGGGAGCCAGCUGGAUGAGGUCCGCCAGGUCAUGGGCAUGCUGGCAUUCCCGCCGGACACGCACAUCUCCCCCUACAAGGACCUGCUGGACCCGGCCCUGUGGCGGAUGCUGAUCCAGCAGUUCCGGUACGACAACUACCGGCUGCACCAGCUGGGGAACAACUCCGUGUUCACCCUCACCCUGCAGGCCGGCCUCUCGGCCAUAAAGACACCGCAGUGCUACAAGGAGGACGGCAGCUCGCGGAGCCCCGACUGCCCAGUGUGCAGCCGCUCCCUGAACAAGCUGGCGCAGCCCCUGCCCAUGGCGCACUGCGCCAACUCGCGUCUGGUCUGCAAGAUCUCGGGGGACGUCAUGAACGAGAACAACCCGCCCAUGAUGCUGCCCAACGGCUACGUCUACGGCUACAACUCCCUGCUGUCUAUCCGGCAGGAUGAUAAAGUCGUCUGCCCGAGAACCAAAGAGGUCUUCCACUUCUCCCAGGCCGAGAAGGUGUACAUCAUGUAGGCGGGUCGCCGCACCCGGGCGGCUGCGGGCCCCUGCCUGCCUGCCUUUCUGUUUCUUGCGACCAAAGAUCAGUGAGCAACGACAAACACUCUUGGGAAGAGAAGAAGUAAGAUUUAACAAGCUCGUACUUGAUUUUGUAACAAGUCAGCUCUUCGACGCUUCUGAAGCGCUUUCCCCUUUCAGAGAAACUUCUUUAAAGACUGACCACGCGGAGGGAGGCUAGAACCUUUCACCAUAGGAACUGAUCCCUUCCCCGUGUUCUCACAGUUCCCUCCCUUUUGCUAACGAGGAACCCCGGGGGACAGGCUAGCCCUCGGCCGUGGCCCGGGAGCGUUGGUGGCCAUGCCAGACUGCCCUGCGGCCACUCGGUGCCACGAGGGACCCUGUCACUUCUCUGUAGAGCUGCUGCCAAAACGCCAGCACCGCGGGAGGGGCUGGCCUCCAGGACCGCCGCCUGCCUGCAGCCGCGCCCACGGGGCUGUGUUAGGAUGUGUGUAGGCUCGGUGUCAUGUCACUCGUGCCGCCUUAUCUCCCGCCUGAGAAUGUAUCCGUGGAAAUCCACUGGACCGGGGUCUGCAGAGGCCUUGCCGACGGCUCCGUAACUUUAGCUCUAAACACUAUUCAUUGCAGAAGCCAAUAAUAGUUCAGUUGAAGUAAGCACCGAUGACUUUCCAAAUCAGAUGAACCAUCGUAGUUUACACGAAACCAUAUCGUAGAGGUUUGUAUUCAGCGCUUAUUUUUGCAUGUUGAUGUUGAUUAGCUAAUAAAAUGUAA